AUGAACUCUCUCGUUGGAUUUGGUUCUAUAGCUGCAUUCAUCAUUAGUUCCAUCUCGCUACUUAACCCCGGCCUAGCAUGGGAUGCAUCCUUCUUUGAUGAACCGGUCAUGCUUCUUGGUUUCGUGCUUCUGGGACGUUCUCUGGAAGAAAAGGCUAGGAUCCAAGCAUCUAGCGAUAUGAAUGAACUGCUUUCAAGACUUGUGAUUACUUCAACAGAAGGUCCACCUUCCACUGAAACUGUGCUUUGCUCUGAUGCAAUUUGUGUUGAAGUCCCAACUGAUGAUAUUCGAGUAGGUGAUUCUGUGCUGGUGUUUCCUGGAGAAACUAUUCCUAUAGAUGGAAAGGUUAUUUCAGGAAGAAGUGUUGUAGAUGAAUCCAUGCUUACAGGGGAAUCACUUCCUGUAUUUAAGGAGGAAGGCCUCACAGUUUCUGCAGGAACUAUAAAUUGGGAUGGUCCUUUAAGGAUUGAAGCUUCUUCAACUGGUUCCAACACUAUGAUAUCAAAGAUUGUACGCAUGAACCAUGCAUCAAAUGAUGAUAUUAAUUUGGAAUAUUUUGAGCUAGAAUUGUUGAUAAGUCCAUUGAUCUGCGAUGUUGAGGAUGCACAAUCACGUGAAGCACCUGUACAGAGGCUUGCAGAUUCAAUAGCAGGCCCAUUUGUAUACAGUGUGAUGACUCUGUCAGCAGCAACAUUUGCAUUUUGGUAUUUUUUUGGAACACACAUAUUUCCUGAUGUUUUGCUCAAUGAUAUUGCGGGCCCAGAAGGAGAUCCUUUGCUUUUGAGUUUAAAACUUUCUGUGGAUGUUUUGGUCGUUUCUUGUCCUUGUGCAUUGGGUCUUGCUACGCCCACAGCAAUCCUGGUUGGCACCUCACUUGGAACCCUGACGAAAGGGAAACCAGUUGUGUCGGCCAUAGGCUCUAUCCAUUAUGGAGAGUCUGACAUUCUUCGGAUUGCUGCUGCAGUGGAGAAGACUGCACCUCACCCAAUAGCAAAGGCUAUUCUCAAUGAAGCUGAGUCAUUGGAGUUGAUCCUUCCUGUCACAAAGCGACAGUUAGUUGAACCAGGUUUUGGUACUUUAGCAGAAGUAAAUGGACAUUUGAUUGCAGUUGGAUCUUUGGAAUGGGUUCAUGAACGUUUCCAAACAAGAGUGAACCCGUCUGAUUUGACAAAUCUGGAACAUAGUUUGAUGAAUCAUUCAUCAAAUACAAUAUCUUCUAAGUAUUCGAAAACUGUUGUCUAUGUUGGACGUGAAGGAGAGGGCAUCAUUGGUGCUAUUGCCAUAUCUGACACUGUGCGUGAAGAUGCUGAAUCUACUGUAAUGAGGCUCAAGCAGAAGGGGAUUAAAACGGUCCUCUUGUCAGGAGACAGGGAAGAGGCAGUUGCAACAGUAGCAGAUACAGUUGGAAUUGAAAAUGAUUUUGUCAAAGCAUCUUUGUCUCCACAACAGAAAUCUAGAUUUAUUUCCUCUCUAAAAGCUGCCGGACAUCAUGUUGCAAUGGUAGGUGAUGGGAUAAAUGAUGCACCCUCUUUGGCUAUAGCGGAUGUUGGGAUUGCUCUGCAGAAUGAAGCUCAAGAGAAUGCUGCCUCGGAUGCAGCAUCUAUUAUACUUCUAGGGAACAAAAUUUCACAAGUUGUCGAUGCGCUAGACCUAGCACAGGCAACAAUGGCAAAAGUGUACCAAAAUUUGUCUUGGGCGGUCGCCUAUAAUGCUGUUGCCAUUCCCAUUGCUGCCGGUGUGCUACUUCCCCAAUUUGACUUUGCUAUGACACCCUCACUUUCAGGAGGACUGAUGGCUCUGAGCUCCAUCUUCGUGAAAUGUGGUGAUUACCUUUCGAACGAGAAGUUGGCAUGUGACCAAAGCAGAGGAAGCAAGGAAGACAGAAGUUUGUCUUAA